GGAAAUUAGGGAAUCUCAAUAUAAAAUAAAUAAAAAAUAAUUUUUCAAAACUUUAUUUAUUUAUUUUAUAUUUAUUAAGUACCAACGAAGUGAAAUAAUACAAUGAUUUUUGUAGUUUAUUUAUAAGAGGAGAUCAUAUGAAAAAUGUAACCGAUUCUUUCGUUUUCUUGGGUCACUGGCCAUCCGCCGGGAGUUUCGGGUUUAAUACCGAUAUUUUAGCAACAAAUCUAAUAAAUCUAAGUGUAGUUCUUGGUGUAUUGAUUUUUUUUGGAAAGGGAGUGUUAAAUGAUUUAUUAGAUAAUCGAAAACAGAGAAUCUUGAGUACUAUUCGUAAUUCAGAAGAACUACGCGGAAAAGCCAUUGAACAGCUUGAAAAAGCCAGGGCUCGUUUAAAAAAAGUCGAAAUGGAAGCGGAUCAGUUUCGAGUGAAUGGAUAUUCUGAAAUAGAACGCGAAAAAAUCAAUUUGAUUAAUUCAACAUAUAAAACUUUAGAACAAUUAGAAAAUUACAAAAAUGAGACCAUUCAGUUUGAACAACAAAAAGCGAUUAAUCAAGUCCGACAACGGGUUUUCCAACAAGCCUUACAAGGAGCUCUAGGAACUCUGAAUAGUUGUUUAAACAACGAAUUACAUUUACGGACCAUCAACGCUAAUAUUGGCAUGUUUGGUGCGAUGAACGAAAUAACCGAUUAGUCCUUCUAUUCGAUUGUAGGUAAUAUUUUUUUGUUUCCAAUAAUAAAAAAAAAAAAAGAAAGAAAUAAAGAAUUAAGAAAGACUCAUGGUAACCAUUCGAGCAGACGAAAUUAGCAAUAUUAUCCGUGAACGUAUUGAACAAUAUAAUCGAGAAGUAAAGGUUGUAAAUACCGGUACCGUACUUCAAGUAGGUGACAGCAUUGCUCGUAUUCACGGUCUUGAUGAAGUAAUGGCAGGUGAAUUAGUAGAAUUUCAAGAGGGGACAAUAGGCAUUGCUUUGAAUUUGGAAUCCAAUAAUGUUGGUGUUGUAUUAAUGGGUGAUGGUUUGCUGAUACAAGAAGGAAGUUCUGUAAAAGCAACAGGAAGAAUUGCUCAGAUACCUGUGAGUGAAGCUUAUUUGGGUCGUGUUAUAAAUGCCCUAGCUAAACCUAUUGAUGGUAGGGGUGAAAUUUCGGCUUCGGAAUCUCGGUUAAUUGAAUCUCCCGCUCCCGGUAUUAUUUCGAGACGUUCCGUAUAUGAGCCUCUUCAAACCGGACUUAUUCCUAUUGAUUAAAUGAUCCCUGUAGGACGUGGCCAGCGAGAAUUAAUUAUUGGGGAUAGACAAACUGGUAAAACAGCCGUAGCCACAGAUACGAUUCUUAAUCAACAAGGACAAAAUGUAAUAUGUGUUUAUGUAGCUAUUGGUCAAAAAGCAUCUUCUGUGGCGCAGGUAGUUACUACCUUCCAGGAAAGGGGAGCAAUGGAGUACACUAUUGUGGUAGCCGAAACAGCGGAUUCCCCCGCUACAUUACAGUAUCUGGCUCCUUAUACCGGAGCGGCGCUGGCGGAAUAUUUUAUGUACCGUGAACGACGCACUUUAAUCAUUUAUGAUGAUCUUUCCAAACAAGCACAAGCCUAUCGCCAAAUGUCUCUUCCAUUACGAACACCGCCUGGUCGUGAAGCUAAUCCAGGAGAUGUUUUUUAUUUGCAUUCACGACUUUUGGAAAGAGCCGCUAAAUUAAGUUCUCGUUUAGGUGAAGGAAGUAUGACUGCUUUACCAAUAGUCGAGACCCAAUCAGGAGAUGUUUCGGCUUAUAUUCCUACGAAUGUAAUUUCCAUUACCAAUGGACAAAUAUUCUUAUCCGCCGAUCUAUUCAAUGCUGGAAUCAGACCAGCAAUUAAUGUGGGUAUUUCUGUUUCUAGGGUGGGGUCCGCAGCUAAAAUUAAAGCUAUGAAACAAGUAGCUGGUAAAUUAAAACUGGAACU